AUUUCUGUUAUGAUUGUGGAAAUACAAUCUUGACAUAUUUUAUGAACACACAAUGUCCAAACUUCAAAUUUUAAGCAUUGUUCUGACAGAGCGAUUAACUUCAGCUGCGCAGGAGAUAUUCAAGGCUGUGGAAGACAUAUUUUCCGAGUAUAAUGAGGAGAUGUGUCGCUCCAGACAGGAGAUUGAGCUGCUCAAGAGGAGACUGCAGCAGGCAGGAGUUCAGAUGGACUCUGAAUUGCAGCCCUGCUCCUCUGAGACUCACACUCAGAAAUACACCCAGGCAUUUUCUGAAGAAUGGAGAUCUAAACAUGACUUGAAGGAUACAGAAAUGCAUAUGAAGCUAGAAGUUUAUACACAACAGGAGGAGAAUGAAUUGCAAGUACCUGUGUGCCGUGAAUCAGCAUCUUUAUCACCAUGUAUUAACAUUUACCAUGAUCAGAUGCCCAGUAAAGACACUGAAACCCAAAUGAUGGACAGCAGCUUGAAAACUUUUCCAUUUAUUAAUCAAGCACCUCAAAUUAAGAAUGAACCUGAGACUGAUACUGAAACAGGUACCACCCGUCAGGCACAGCAACACAUCUCAAGACACGUCUUGGAUGAUUCAGGGGCCAGCGAUGCAUCCAGUGAUGUCAGCAAAAUCAAACUGCCCCUCAGAAAUCAAGAGAUGUUGACGCAGCAUAGGAUGGAGCUGGCUCAGAUAAGAGAACGAAUGUCUUUGACAAUCCAGCUCCGUAACUCUGGGCAUAAAAGUCAACCUUUUGUCUGUCAGGAUGAAGUGUCAAAACAUGACAAGUGGAAAGCCAAAAAUGCGAGAUACAGUCAGGCCUGGAGGGAUCGUUUGAAAAAAGAUCCUGUAAAAUUUGCUGAGUUCAAAGCUUCGGAAGCUGCUAGAGCAAAGGAGUAUAGAAGAAAGAGGGCUGCUGCUUCUAUCGAAGUUGAUAAGGAAAAUAACCGUGAGCGACAGAGAAGAUUCAGAGCCAAAAAGAAGUUACAGUGUACAAGAACAGAUGAAAAACAGUGUAAAGCUGAUAAAGAGCCUCCGCCACCUAAGAAACGAGAGGAUGAAGAAACGAGAGUAUGAUAGGAUAAAGAAAAGAGAGGAGAGGGAGAGAAUGGGAGAACUGAAGAAAAGACUAAUUCGUGAAAGAGAUGCGUCCCGAAAGAGGGAAAAAAGAAACCAGACAAAAAGGCAAACUGAGACUCCACAAACAAAUGUUGUCCCUCCAAGUAGUACAGCUAGAUCUACAGGCUUUAGAACUAAAUUGGCGAAACAAAUGCCAGAGU